AUGACGACUAUUGAGGAACCAGAGCAUCCGCCUAAACAUCGCUUUCUGAGAGUAUCACGUUCGUUUUUCUCUAAGAAUUCUGUCUCAAAUGGAAAUGGAACAGCCGAUGAUGCCGUGAAUGAGAACUUGACGGAGGAAAGUGCUGAGAAAGGUCGGGGACGGCCGACUACGAAAUGGAGUCUAGGCGUGUUGAAUGUGCCUAGUACUCACGAGGUCCCUGGGUCUGUUAUGCUACUUUCGGAUGACCGAAACCAUCCACUAGGGCUUCGACAUACCCCCGCUGUCACUUCUUCCCAGUCAUUGCCAGCACAGGUCCAGAGUCGACGAUCAUCUCACCAGGAAACCCGACCAGAUGACAAGAAGAAAACUGAUGAUGGGAUGAUUCUUGACCCCCAACCAGAAGAUGUAGAUAACGAUCCUCUGAACUGGCCGCAAUGGCGACGAGAUGCCGCUUUGCUGUCUUUAGGUCUCUAUUGCAUGGUCGGAGGUGGCAUGACACCCAUUUUAGCGGCAGGCUUCUCUAAUGUUGCAGAAACAUACGACGUUUCUGUUCCGCAGGUUGCCUUGACCACAGGUCUCUACAUGAUGGGUCUUGGUGUAGGCUCAGUCAUCUUUUCUCCUACCGCCAUUUUAUACGGAAAACGUCCUGUCUAUCUGUUUUGCGCCAUCAUGUUCGUGGGAACUUCAGUCUGGUGUGCGGCGUCGCCAACGUACAUUUCAUUGCUGGUUGCUCGUAUCUUUCAGGGUAUUUCUAUUAGCUCUGUCGAAUGCCUACCUUCUGCCACGAUUGCGGAAAUCUUCUUUCUCCACGAACGUGCUUACAGGAUUGGUAUUUAUACGCUCUUGUUGCUUGGUGGGAAAAACUUAGUUCCUUUGGUCAGCGCAGCCAUCAUUCAAUCCAUGGGCUGGAGAUGGGUAUUUUGGAUUGUUGCCAUGGUAGUAGGCUUUUGUGGUGUCCUUCUAUUCUUCUUUGUGCCCGAGUCUUUCUGGGACCGAACUCCCCAUGGCAGACAUCAUAAACCGGCCAAGAGUAUGUCUAGACUUUCUGUCCUACUUCAAAGGAGGCUCUCUCCGUCGACUACCGCAAAUGCUUCUGACCAUCGCAAUCGACAUAACGGCAACAGCGAAGAAAAGCUGACUGAUGCUGAUACAACUUUACCUCAACGCCCACUCAUGGCCCAUAGAGCGACUGCCCGUAGCGUUGGAUUCGCUGAAAACGACCAAUACGCUACUGACUUGGGAAGACAAGCGGAUGGUUCGAGCCAGGAAAUUCGAGAAGCCGGGGCGAAGAAUUCUGCAACUAGAGAUAGAGCCAUAUCUGGUGGCUUUGAGCCGCAUAUAGAUGUGCUUGCUGGUCACGAUUCUGUUCCACGGCAAUUGCAUGCACAUCAUGACUUGCAGCAUCGUAUACAGCCUGCUGGUGACGUCCCAGCGACUCCUAUACUUCACAACAUGGACUCACCAUAUUACGUUGAAGCUCAGCUCCGAGAUGCCGAUUACGCACAUAAAGACCAGGACUCUGGGACCGGAACUGUUCCCACUUAUGACGGAGAAGUGCAUCAACCAGCAAUCGCGCCUGAACUUGAACCACAUUCGAAGCGAUACACUAAUGUGUUGAGGAGAGGUGAAAAACUGUCAUUCGUUCAACAGCUAAAACCUUAUAAUGGACGCCUCAGUAACGAUAGCUGGCUCCGAGUAGCUUUUCGACCCUUUAUUCUGUUUGCAUAUCCUGCAGUCCUCUGGUCCUCUGUAGUGUAUGCAUGCGCCGUGGGCUGGUUGAUCGUCUUGUCCGAGUCUGUAUCCGAGAUAUAUCGUAACGCAGAAACCUAUAAUUUUUCGGCGCUCUCCACUGGACUCAUAUACAUCUCACCCUUUAUCGGCGGAAUUUUAGGAACGGCUGUUGCUGGGAAAGUUAGUGAUAUGAUUGUCAAAAGAAUGACAAAGCGUAAUGGUGGACUUUACGAACCUGAAUUCCGCUUAGUUAUGGGAAUUCCGAUUACCAUUACUACUGUCAUCGGAUUGAUGGGUUACGGAUGGUCUGCACAUGAACAUGACGCGUGGAUCGUGCCGACAAUUUUCUUUGGAAUCAUAUCCUUUGGUUGCUCACUUGCCUCAACGACUUCCAUCACUUUUUGCGUGGACAGUUACCGUCAAUACGCUGGAGAGGCACUUGUAACGCUUAAUUUUAGCAAGAACAUCUUCCACGGCUUGGUGUUCAGUCUAUUUUUCAACCACUGGCUUGAGGCUGACGGGUCACGCACCGUUUUCAUAUGGCUAGGCGUCAUCCAAUUGAUAUUUAUGGCGUCCACAAUUCCUAUGUAUAUAUUCGGUAAGCGAGCGAGGAUGUGGACUGUUAGGAUGAACCUGAUGGAGAGGUUCUGA